AUGAUAAAGAAAACUGGUUCAGAAAUACUUGCCCAAAGUAAAGAUGGUCAUAUUGUGAAACGGAACGUGUCACAUUUCAAGCGAAUAAAUAAACCACGAGAAGAAGACACUGAUGAUGAAAGUUUCGAUUAUGAAGAAAACUCGCAGAACAAUCAGCCAUCCAUCAGUAAUGAAAACAACGAAGUACCAAGAAGAUCAAGCCGAAUUCGAAGACCACCGAAUCGAUACGGACAUGAAUAUCCAUCAAAUCUAAUAAACUAA